AUGGCGGGGCGCGGCCGCGCAGUGGUGCGCCUGGCGGUGCUGCAGCAGCUGCGGGCCGCGUAUGGGAUCAAGGUGAAGAGUGGGAGCUGCCGAGGGGCGGCGGGGAAGCAGCCUGGAGCGGCGGCUGUAGAGGGCAAAGUCUUUGGAAUAUCGCUUCAUUCAUUACCUCAGUCAGUUGUACCAGAGUACGGAAGUAUUCCAAGCUUUCUUGUUGUUGCUUGCAAAUAUUUAGAAGAACAUGUUCACACUGAAGGACUCUUCAGGAAAUCUGGAUCUUUUGUCCGUUUAAAAACAUUAAAGAGUCAACUGGAUCAAGGUGAAAACUGUCUACCUGCAGCACUGCCAUGUGACGUUGCAGGGCUUCUUAAACAGUUCUUUAGAGAGUUACCAGAGCCGAUCCUUCCAACUGAUCUGCAGGAAGCUCUUUUCAAGGCUCAGCACCUAGAAAAUGAGGAGAAGAACACUGCCACAGUGCUGCUUUCCUGUCUUGUGUCUGACAGAACAAUAGAUACUUUGCGAUACUUUUUCAACUUUCUCAGAAAUGUGUCCCUAAGAUCCAAUGAGAACAAAAUGGAUAGCAGUAAUCUGGCAGUGAUUUUUGCUCCAAACCUCUUGCACUCAAGUGAUAAUGAAAAGAUGUCUGUUAACACAGAAAAAAAGCUUCGUUUGCAGGCUGCUGUUGUGCAAACACUUAUUGAUCAUGCAGCAGAUAUUGGACGUGUACCGGAAUUUAUCCUGGAAAAAAUACCUGCUAUGUUAGGUAUUGAUGCUCUUGAUUCUACUCCUUCACUGAAAGGCUAUGAAGAAAGUGAAUCUCCUAGUCAGUGUAAGAGAAGAAGACGACGAAGUGUUGGGGAUAUUGUUAGUGGAGCAUUGAAUAAACUUAAAUCUAACAGAACACCCUCCACUACACCUCAGCGAGACAGAAAUGUGACUCCAUUGAUUCGUACUCCAAGCACCAAGCGUAAACUUCCAACUGAUUCUUCUCAAGGCUUCUCUAGCAAGAAAAGGCGGUCCCUGAAGCAUAAUUUUGCUUUUGAAUUGCUCUCAAGUAGCCUUUUUAGCAGCGCCUCAACACCAGCAUCAGCUCAAUUUGAAGCAAGCCCUCAUAUCUCUCUCGAGUCAUCUCAGAGUUCACUGUCUCCCUCAGUCAGUAGUGAAAAGCAUCUAUCUAGUACAGGAAAUCGAAGAAGUAAAAGAAUUGCAAGCAAAAAAAUUUACAGGGUUGAAUCAGGAAAAACUGGUUGCUUCUCUCCAAAGAUUAGCCGAAAAGAAAUGGUUCGCAGGUCAUUACGUCUGAAAUUUAGUCUGGGAAAAAGCAGCAAAGAUGUAAAUGUUUUAACUGGAUGUCCAGUUGGUAAAGGAUCUGAAAAUAUUGGUCGGCGACUUGCAAGUCAACAAGACUUGGAAAACAGAGUUGAAUCUGUAAAGACAGAUAUACUUUUCAGCACACACGUCAGUGAAAAAUUCUCAAAGAAAGGUUCACAAAUAAUGAGCAAGUCGGAGGAGAACUUGCUAACUCCAAAAUGUGAUAAAGCAAAUUACCGAAUGUCUUGGAAUGGACCCAGUAUUACAGAUUCUCAUGGCACCAGCAACAAUGAGGCAAGUAUGAUGGGAUAUCUUGAAACAGAAGGCUGUUUUUCAGAACCUGUUCUUAUAGUUGGAAAGCCACCUGCCAUUCCAGAUGACUUAAGGUCCACUACUGCAAAUCAUAAGCAAGAUAAUAGUCUAAGGGAGUACUCGCUUUGUGUGGAUGAGAAUAACUUGACUACAGAAACAUUAUUGAAAAUUAAAAAAGCAUUUUCUGAAUCUGGAAGCAAUCUUCAAAAUUUAAUAGGUGAUGCAAAGUCUUCUGUAUCAGAUUUCAGAGAAGAAAAGUUAACUGAAACUCCCUGUCUCUCAGGGGUUAGUCCAGAGAAGGACCUUGUUGAAACUCCAGCUGAAAGUCUGGCAGCUGAAAAAUCCAAGGAUCAGUUUAACCAGUUUGCUAAUAAAUCUAAUAUCACUGACAAAUAUCAAUCAAGUAAAGAUGAAAUCAAGGUUGUGGAGGAAAACUGCUUCCAAAAUCCUAUUGAGAUUGAACUUCAGACACAGAAGUUGGGCAUGGAAAAUGCACCAGAAUUUAGUAUGCCUCAGGUAAUGUCCAGAGAGGACAGAUUAACUUUUCAGAACAGUUAUUCAAAAGAUAAUUUAAAGAAGAUAGAUUCCCUCAGAAGAAAAGAGGGUGAGGAACUGGAACAGUCAGAAAGAGUUGCUGAAGAUUACGAGCUGAAGUCCCGUAAUUCAGAAAAAGAUAAUACUGAGCCUGUUGCUGCUGGGGAUCUCCCUGUCUCGCAGUUGUUGGAGUCUAGAAACAGACCUGGCAAACUGUACUUGCAGACUGGAGGAUAUGAUAAUACUGUACCUAAAACUUUACCAGUUUCUGACCAUGGAAAGGUUUCUGACCACGUACACUGGUUCAACAAACUUUCAUUAAACGAUCCAUGUUCCGCAAGCAAAACUAAACCACCUCUUAAGUUUCAACGUACUCCUGUCCGCCAGUCUGUAAGAAGGAUAAACUCCCUUUUAGACUCUAACAGACAAUCUGUAAGCUAUAAGUUGGCAAAACCUGGUGAUGUUUGUUCUCCUCUUGUUAAAUCAGUAAGCUAUGAUACUGCACUAUCCUCCUGUACAGAAAAGUUCUCAAAGAAUUCCACAGUUUCAUUGCUCUAUUGUGAAACUACACACACACAAGUUUCUAAAUCAUCUGAACUAGACUUAGCAUCCAAAUCUUCAAAAUCGAUAAAUCCGCUAGAACAGGCUGAUGCUUCUGGGAAAACAGUUAGAAUCUGCAAACAGAAAGUAACUAUUGGUAACCCAUCAAAAUCUGUUCUAGAAGAUCUAACCAAUCAUGAAGCACCAAAAGCUGCUGUAAAAAUGAACUCAAGUAUAAACAUUCCGAUUGCUACACCAGAUAAAAGUACCCUCAGGAAAAGUGCUACAGGAAAAGAAAAAGCUCGAUACAGGGGAUCUCCAAAGAAUCCAAUAUCAAAAGCAAAACUCCUGCCAACUGCUAAACCUGUAGACUUAUAA